AUGAGACUUAUCACAUUAGGAUUCAUCUUCCUGUCAACCUCCUUCCACUAUUCCCACGUGUUUGCUGCGAAUAGCAACCGAAAUUUGAACAUUAAGCCUACCAGUCAUAAGUCAGGGAAAAAUGAUAAGGCAAACGGAGCUGGUAGCAUGGCCAACAAGGGCAGUGCUCAACAUGGAGUGAACGGAACGACGGGUAUAUCAAAUGGCAAUUCGAAUGGCAAAAAGGGUUCAGCGACCACCUCUGCUGCAGCAGGACACGCAUCCCCAGGUGCAUCUGGAGGAACGGUCACACCAGGAAUGAACCCUAAUUUAGAGGAAAUGAUGAAACCACUGAAUGAAAUGUUUAAAGGAAAUGGAGAAGGAUUAAAUAUAGAAAAUAUUAUGAACAGUAAUCCAAAUGGUGGUGCUAACAGUGGACAGGAAAAUUUAUUUAAAGAUAUGAUUAGCGCGAUGAAUGCAAUGGGAGGAGGUGCUCCCGGUGCAGCUGGUGGUGCCAACCCCAUGAAUGCGAACAACGUACCGAAUAUCUCUAUAUCCCCAGAACAGAUGAACCAAAUAAACGAAUUGAAAGACAAACUAGAGAAUGUCCUAAAAAAUGCAGGCGUAGAUGUAGAACAGCUGAAGGAAAAUAUGCAAAAUGAAAAUAUCAUGCAGAAUAAAGAUGCGUUUAAGGACCUGUUGGCUAACUUACCAAUGAACCCAGCUAUGAUGCAAAAUAUGAUGGGAGGCAAGGAUGGAAAUAUGCUCAAUAUGGAUCACAACCAAAUGAUGGAUAUGCUUAACCAGAUGGGUCAAGGUAAAAUGAAUAUGAAGGACUUUGGAAUGAAGGAUAUCGGAAUGAAGGAUAUCGGAAUGACUGAUUUUAUGAACCCAUCCCAUGGGAACCAUCAGGAUACUGAAAGUGCCAGUAGGGGAAAGGCUUACGUAACGAACUCGAGUAAUAAUGACAUAAACUUUGCUGAUAAAUUAAACGCAUUUGAGGAUAGCAAUGGACAACCUGAAAGAAUGUUCAAUCUUUAUGGAAUGAACGAUGACGAUGGGGUUAUAGAUGACGGUAUGAGUGACUCCGUAGGGAAAAAUGACACACUGGACGUGAAUGGAGCAAACGUGAACAGAAAUUUAUCUGAUGGAGAUUCCGCAAAAGAAGAUUCAGAUGAAUCACAGGCAAACUCCACGUAUAAUAAUUCUACAUCUGCUGUCUCGAAUAAAAACAAUCAUGAAAGCGGAAGUACGAACGAGGUAGAAUCGAAUGAGGAAGAAUUAAUCACGUCAUCUGGAAAUAAGGGAGAUGUAAAUAAAUUGGCAGCCAACAGUGGGUAUAAUAAUAAUAACCCCCUUCUUGAUUUGAACAAUUUGAAGAAAGAUGUCAAUGCUGCCCAGUAUGGAAAGGACAACGUAGGAGACAGAUCAAAUGGAGGAAACACAAAUGGAGGGAACACAAAUGGAGGGAACACAAAUGAAGGAAAUAACAACAAAGUGAUCAAAAAACGUGUCGGAGGAAAGAAAAAAAAAAAGAUGAGAAAAAAGAAUCCAGGACAAAUUCCAUUCAAAAUGGAAACGUUGCAAAAGUUAGUAAAAGAAUAUACCAACACUUCCAAUCAGAAAAUUAUGGAACAAAUUAUAAAAAAGUAUGUCUCCCUGAAUAAUCAAAGCAAUAGAGAUAAUAACGAUGAAGACGAUGACGAAGAAGAUGUAGAAGAUGAAAAAAGCGCUAAGGAAAAAAAUUCCGAAAAGGAGGAAGAACUGAAUAUGAACGAAUUCAGUGUUAAAGAUAUUAAGAAGCUAAUUUCGGAAGGUAUUUUAACAUAUGAAGAUUUGACGGAGGAAGAAUUAAAAAAGCUAGCCAAACCAGAUGAUAUGUUUUACGAAUUGUCUCCCUAUGCAAAUGAGGAGAAGGACCUCUCAUUAAAUGAAACUUCUGGUGUAUCAAACGAACAACUUAAUGCAUUUUUGAGAAAAAAUGGAUCCUACCAUAUGAGUUACGAUUCCAAAGCGAUCGAUUACUUGAAACAGAAGAAGGCAGAAAAGAAAGAAGAAGAACAGGAGGAUGAUAGUUUCUACGAUGCAUACAAACAGAUUAAAAAUUCUUAUGAAGGUAUUCCCUCCAAUUAUUACCAUGAUGCUCCUCAACUCAUUGGAGAUAACUAUGUGUUCACAUCUGUGUAUGAUAAGAAGAAAGAGUUAAUAGAUUUCCUUAAACGAAGCCAUGGUAUUACCGACGAAAGUGAUAGCAGUAGUGGAAAGGAUAAAGGAAACUCUGCAGAAGGUAGCACAUACAAAUCAAAGUAUUACGAUAAGUACAUGAAAAAAUUAAGUGAGUACAGAAGAAGGGAAGCAUUUAAAAUUUUGAAGAAAAGAAGAGCACAGGAAAAAAAAUUACAGAAAAAAAAAGAAAUGCAAAAUAAUACCAAUAACGAAGUAGACUACUCUGAAUAUUUUAAAAAAAACGGUUUUAUCAACAGCAGCAACGGAACAGUUAAAACGUUUUCCAAGGACCAACUGGACAACAUGGUGAAACACUUUAAUAACGGCGGAGAGGAUUUUUUCAGUAGCUCUGGUGCUGGUGCAGAUGUGGGUGUAAACCAUUCCGGUAUCAGCGGAGGUGGUCAGUAUAUGUCCUCUAGUGGAAGUAGUAACCCCGGGGGCUAUGUGACCUUCGAUGGGCAGAACGUCGUCGGGUCGAAUGACAAUGAGGAGGAAGAGUCCAACGAGGACUUCCUGAACGAGGACGAUGACAACGCGGAUGACGAUGUCUGA